UCCUCAACACCUAUUCCAUGACGACUCCCGAUAGCCAGCAAUCUCUGCAAGAUGAGAUCGCUGACCUCGAGCGGCGUCUCCAGGAUGCCAAGGCCCGACUGAAUGCUGUUGACAGUCCGACGACUUCCUUACAAACUACCAGCGAUGUAGCGCUUCAUGCACUGCUACUUCUGGCCGACUCAGCGCUACCGCUGGGCUCUUUCGCAUUCAGCAGCGGGCUGGAGUCGUAUCUUGCGCACCACAAACCCAGCCCGCCCUCCGCGUCGCAGCUACCGUCGUUCCACGUCUUCCUCCGCCUGUCCCUCUCCACGCUCGCCAGCACUGCGCUGCCGUACGUCCUGGCAGGCUACCGCAAUCCCGCAGAUAUUGAGACGCUCGACAAUGACUUCGACGCAAGCACGCCUUGCACGGUAGCGCGGCGAGCGAGCAUAGCACAAGGAAGGGCGUUGCUCACCGUGUGGGAGCGCAGCUACAAGUCGCAGUACAGUUCAACGGCCACCGAAAUAUCAGGCGACGACAGCUCGCCAACCCAAGGCAGCGCUGCUGCUGAAGCGCUCAUAUCAUUCUCUUCGGCCCUCCGCAAAUCCGACCUUAUCAACGCACAUCUGGCACCACUCUGGGGGCUCGUUACCUGCGUGCUUGACGUCCCGCUGCGCGACGCUGCAUACCUGUUCCUGUUCUCACACGCGCGCACGGUGGUCAGCGCGGCAGUACGCGCAAGCGUUAUGGGGCCGUAUCAGGCACAGGCUGAGCUGGCGAGUACGGAGCUACAAGAUCGGAUCAGGGGGCUUAUAGAAGAAGGCUGGAAUAGAAAGGUUGAGGAUGCAGGGCAGAGCGUGCCGGUCAUGGAUCUCUGGGUUGGCAGACAUGAGAAGCUGUAUAGUCGCAUCUUCAAUUCAUGAGCUUGCUGGCU